AUGCAUGUGGCGCGAUAUGGGAAACUGAGGCGUAAAUAGUUUUGAUUGUCGUUUUCUUCUCAAAGAGAGGCAUACAUUUAUCUAAACAACAUGUUUUCUGCAGAGCAGAGUUGCUGGUUUAUCCGCAAGGUAAUUUGUUGGAGAGCUGCAGCCAGUAUUGCUUGGGCUGUACUGUUGUUGCCACCCAGCACAGCAAUUUUUGUGUUCCUCAGCAAGUUCAGUGUUCUCCACCCCAUCCAGACCAUAUCAGAAUGCUUCUCCAUGCUAACAAGUGCAACUGCCAUCUUCUCUUUCAUCCUGCUGUGUGGAGUGAUCAUCAUGGUUGGUUUCUUGAACUUUGAGUAUUACACAGUCAUUCCAACUAUUGCAUGCUCGAAAAUCGCACUCUUUGGUCAGCUUCUCCACCCUCGACAGCUUGUCAACUCCCUGGUCCACUGCAUCAUGGGAAUGAUCGUGGCUUGGUGUUCUGCUGUUACCAUUGGAUUUAGAUACGAAACUCUUGGCCACCCAUGUGCACAGACCGAUGGUUUAACUAUAGUCUGGAUUUUGGCUUUCUCUGCACAACAUACUGGAAGUGUUCAUUAUUUAAAUUUAAUAUCAACAGGGUACAUUCCAAGAACAUGGAUCUGUAAAACACUGAAUCUUCACUUGGGCAGCUCUGCCCACCCUCUUGACAGCAUAGCUGGAUUGCUGGACCUCUCCCUCCUCUACCACCUCUGGAUCAGUGCCACCUUUCUCCUCUUCACUUGGUACAUCAUGCUGCUGCUCUUUAGGAUUUUUCUCACUGAGGGGUACAGUUUUCCUGUGCAGUCAUCUUUUACUGAGGAUGCAGACCAUUGCCUUCCUAAAGUACUGACUGAAAAGCAGCCAAUGCUAUUAAAAUUCCUAGCUUUGCAGGACUUGGCUCUGUUGUCUCAGCAUUCUCCAUUACGACGCUGUGAAGUCUUCAGUCUGAGUCAACCAGGUGGACAUCCUCAUAACUGGAAUGCUAUCAGUAAAGAGUGCCUCUCUCUGCUGGCUGAUCUUACCCAGAGACUUGUAGCCUAUCAUGACACUGUAGCAACCAAUGGCAGGGCCAAAUCACUGUCAAGUGGGAGUGAAAGGAAGACUUCUUCUGAAACAUCAGGUACAGAAGAUUUCAUGAGUCCAAGGCCUACCGCUUUUAUGAAAACUCCAGCUUCAGUCUUCGCUCGGUCCAUUGCUGGAGGCCAGCAGAGCCCUCUAACAGCCCCGUUCACCCCUGAUCUGGACAGCCCUUUUAUGUCUCCUGCACUGCGGCGUCUUGCUGCUCCUGUGGAGCAAGGUUCACCUUGGUACGGCACAGUGCAGAGCCCCCACAUCAUGAGGCGAGUGCCCAAACUCUGGUCCACAUCCACAGAUUCCCAGGUUAAUGGCAGUCCCCCGCCAUCACCAGCUUCAGUUCCCAGUGACAAGCAGGAACCCUCCAAACCAAGUUUUCUGGCUCAGUUCCUCCAGAACAGAAGAGAACAGGUUAAAAAUUUCUUGGCAAAGCGAGUGCUGAUAGUGUAUUUGUUUAACAAGCUCCCAGAAGCCUCGAGUCAGGCUCUCUUUGCUGACAGUCAGGCCCACAUCUGGGCUUUGGAAGGGCUGUCUUACCUUGUUCAAGCCUCAUUCUCUGAAGAUCAGUUUGGGGUUGUGCAGACUACAUUACCCAGCAUCCUCAGCUGCAUGCUGGUCUUACAAGAGGAUAAGGAGACCAUUUUUAAUAGGGCCCAGUUCACUAUAACGCAGGUUGAUUAA